AUGACUGUCUACACUUCAGAUGCAGCUGCCUUGGAGGCCGCUGGAAAGAAACAAGUCUUGAAGCGAGAAUGGAACUUUUGGGCUGUGCUCGGUAUGUCGGCAUGCACUUUGUGCACCUGGGAAGCCACAAGCGCGCUCUUUGCCGGCGCAUACCUGAAUGGAGGUCCUGCAUCUGUCGUCUAUGGGUUCAUCGUCUCGGUCUUGGGAACCUUGAUGAUUGCCAGUUCGUUCGCUGAGAUGGCUUCCAUCUCCCCCAUUGCAGGUGCCCAGUACCACUGGAGUGCUGAGCAUGCGCCAAUUCGGUGGCGUGCAAUCAUCAGCUAUGUUCAAGGCUGGGUGACCAUUACUGGAUGGGUCGCAGGGCUCGCCUCUGUCUGCUUUCUGAUCGCGACUAUGAUCCAAGGACUGGCGGUACUCAAUUACCCCUCAUAUUAUCCGAAACGAUGGCAUGCAACUCUGAUUAUGAUUGGGUUUGCUUUUGUCACUGCUUUGGGCAGUACCUACGGCAAGAGACUAUUGCCUCUGUGGGAGACUUUGGGUGGCGCACUGCAUGUGCUCUUCUUCUUCAUGAUCAUGAUUGCCAUCCUGGCCACAAGCGACAAGGUCAGCAACCACGAUGUGUGGGCCACGUUCAUCAACGGCGGCGGUUGGCCUAGCGAUGGAGUCAGCUUCUGCUUGGGAUUCUUGACUCCGGCGUUUGCCUUGGCUGGCGUGGAUGCUGUCGUACAUAUGAGCGAGGAAGCCCACAAUGCUGCUCUCAACAUUCCUCGGGCGAUGAUCUGGUCGGUCAUUAUCAACGGAGUGGCAGGAUUCGCCUACAUCCUUACCGUGCUUUAUUCCAUCACAGACCCAGACACCGUUUUGAGCAACGACACCGGUUUUCCGAUCAUCGGUGUGUUCCUCGAAGCGACCACCAACCAAAGAGCCGCCACCGCAAUGCUUACCGCUGUCAUCAUAGUCUUCAUCAUGAAUCUGUUCGGCUGUGUGGCAUCGGUUUCCCGGCUGGUAUGGGCCUUCUCCCGCGACCAUGGCCUCCCAUUCUCAACGUGGUUCUCGCACAUCACGCCAUGGAACCGAUGCCCGACCAACGCUGUUAUCGCAAUUACCGUUUGUGUGUCGCUUCUGUCGCUAAUUAAUAUCGGUUCCACCACAGCAUUCAACGCGCUGAUCUCCCUAACAACCCUCGGCUUCUACUUCUCAUACGCCAUUCCGAUCCUGAUCUUUGCGAUUCGGCGGUUCAAUACCACCAAUCCAAUCGUUUUUGGGCCCUGGACGUUGGGAAAACUCGGUCUCUUCAGCAAUAUCCUGGCGAUUGCGUUCUGCAUAUUCCUGAUCAUAUUCCUACCAUUCCCUUCGGAGCUGCCAGUUACAGGUCAAAACAUGAACUAUGCCUCGCCUGUGUUUGGAGCGGUCAUGAUAUUUGCGGUUGCGAACUACUUUGUUCGUGCUCGUAAACGGUUCACGGGACCUAUCAAGGAGGUCGACAGAGACAGCGAACAUGUUGCCCAUGAACAUGUGGAGCCAGAGAAGCAGCCGGUUGACCAUUCUUGAAUACUAGUGAAGGGCAUCUCAUGUUGUUCGUCGUGAACGUCACUUUCUGUCGAUUAGUCUCAGGCUGGGGUACCUUCCUGGAGUCUUCGAAGUAUGCAAUCCUCGUGAAGUUCCUAUAUAUAUAUAUAUGACACUUGAGAACCAUUCAGACUCACUGUCCAGUCAGUAUUCACCAUGUGUUCUGCAGACCGGGGGUCGAGCUCGGAGAUCGGCAGGCUCUGAUAGAUUGUGACUUCGAUCCACUUGACCGCUGUCCCGAACAAACAAGAACAAAACAAAAAA